AUUUUAAAUAGCAGUUAAAAUGGAUAUCCGAGGUGCUGUAGAUGCUGCUGUCCCAACAAACAUAAUAGCUGCCAAAGCUGCUGAAGUUCGGGGAAAUAAAGUGAACUGGCAGUCAUAUCUUCAAGGGCAGAUGAUUUCUGGUGAAGACUGUGAAUUUAUUCAAAGAUUUGAGCAGAAAAGAAAUCCAGAAGAAAAACGGGAGCUGUUGCAAACAGAAGGCAAUCAAUGUGCUAAAACAUUUAUAAACUUGAUGACUCAUAUCUCCAAGGAACAGACAGUUCAGUACAUCCUGACUAUGGUUGAUGAUACGCUGCAAGAAAAUCGUCAGCACGUUUGUAUCUUCUUUGAUUAUGCCAAGCGUGGCAAGAACACUGCGUGGUCCUACUUCCUGCCAAUGCUGAAUCGCCAAGACCUCUUCACUGUGCACAUGGCAGCAAGAAUUAUUGCCAAAUUGGCUGCUUGGGGGAGAGAACUUAUGGAAGGAAGUGACUUAAAUUACUACUUCAACUGGAUCAAAACACAACUUAGUUCCCAGAAACUACGUGGUACAGGGGGUUCUGUGGAAGCAGGAACCGUCUCCACGAGUGAUGUGAGUAUUUCCCCUGCUUGGGAUAAGGGGCAGAGCUGUUUUGCUAGAAAAUACUUGGAAUCAGAACUGUACUAUAACAGAUUGCCAGAUGAUGGCACCAAGAAGCAAAA